CUUUUUUUUUUCUUUUUUUCUUUCUUUCUUUCUUUUUUUUUCUUCUUCAUUUUUUGCCCUGGGGCUCAAUGGAUGGAUUGUGGAAAACUGUACCGGGUUGCAGGUUGUUGAGCAACUGAUGGGACCAUCUCAGGGACCGGCGAUUACGAAAGAUGCCGAUUUGAAGAGCUACCCUGAAAACUGAAAUGUUGAAUUCAGUAAGUCAGAAGACAAAACCAUGGACUUUUAGCAAUCAAAGAACAAAUUAAGGUGUCUGACUUGGAAUAGCCGUGCUUAUUUUUGAGGAAUUUUUCUUUCUCUUGUUGUCUUUGUUUUUAAUCAUUGCUAUUGGAAUACAGAAGAGGAACCAGGAAUAUACUCAUUUGGUUUCCCUUCGGAACACAUUCUUGAGGCAUUCUUGCCUGAGAACACAGCCAUGUGGCCACCACAGCUGCUCAUGCUCUUGAUGCUGUUCGCACCUGGAGUGCAUGGUGGCAAGCACAAUGAGAGACAUCCAGCCCUUGCUGCUCCACUGCGACACGCGGAGCGCAGCGCAGGAGGCGCUCUACCUCCCAGACAUCUCCUUCAGCAGCCAGCGGCAGAGCGCGCCACUGCUCAUCGAGGACAAGGGUCACGUGGAGCUUCCAGAGGAGGUCGUGGACCAGGUGCCUCAGGAACACAGGUUGCAGCCCAAGCUUUCAGCCGUGCCCCAAUUCCCAUGGCAGUGGUCCGCAGAGAGCUCUCCUGUGAGAGCUACCCCAUCGAGCUCCGCUGUCCUGGCACAGAUGUCAUCAUGAUCGAGAGUGCCAACUACGGGAGGACAGAUGACAAGAUCUGCGACUCCGACCCUGCUCAGAUGGAGAAUAUCCGAUGUUAUCUGCCAGAUGCCUAUAAGAUUAUGUCUCAAAGAUGCAAUAACAGAACCCAGUGUGCUGUGGUGGCAGGUCCUGAUGUUUUUCCAGACCCAUGUCCAGGAACUUAUAAAUACCUUGAAGUGCAGUAUGAAUGUGUCCCUUAUAAAGUGGAACAAAAAGUUUUUCUUUGUCCUGGACUGCUAAAAGGAGUGUACCAGAGUGAGCACUUGUUUGAAUCGGACCACCAAUCUGGGGCAUGGUGCAAAGACCCUCUACAGGCUUCCGACAAGAUUUAUUAUAUGCCCUGGACCCCCUACAGAACUGAUACCCUGACAGAGUAUUCAUCCAAAGAUGACUUCAUUGCUGGAAGGCCAACAACGACCUACAAGCUCCCUCACAGAGUGGAUGGCACUGGAUUUGUAGUAUAUGAUGGUGCCCUGUUCUUCAACAAGGAACGUACCAGGAACAUAGUAAAGUUUGAUUUACGGACUAGGAUAAAGAGUGGAGAGGCGAUCAUAGCAAACGCCAAUUACCAUGACACAUCCCCAUACCGAUGGGGUGGCAAAUCUGACAUAGACUUGGCAGUGGAUGAAAAUGGAUUAUGGGUAAUCUAUGCAACAGAACAAAACAAUGGCAAAAUUGUCAUUAGCCAGUUGAACCCUUAUACCCUACGGAUUGAGGGGACAUGGGACACGGCGUAUGAUAAAAGGUCAGCUUCCAAUGCGUUUAUGAUUUGUGGGAUUCUGUAUGUGGUCAAAUCUGUAUAUGAGGAUGAUGACAAUGAGGCCACUGGUAAUAAGAUUGACUACAUUUACAACACCGACCAAAGCAAAGAUAGCCUGGUGGAUGUACCCUUUCCUAAUUCCUACCAGUACAUCGCAGCUGUGGAUUACAACCCCAGAGACAAUCUGCUUUAUGUGUGGAAUAACUACCAUGUUGUGAAAUACUCUUUGGACUUUGGACCUCUGGAUAGUAGAUCAGGGCCAGUGCAUCAUGGACAAGUUUCCUACAUCUCUCCACCUAUUCACCUUGACUCUGACCUAGAACGACCCCCUGUUAGAGGAGUUUCUACCACAGGACCCCUGGGCAUGGGAAGCACAACCACCAGCACUACUCUUCGGACCACGACCUGGAACAUAGGGAGGAGUACCACCCCAUCAUUGCCAGGCAGAAGAAACCGGAGUACCAGCACACCGUCCCCAGCUGUGGAGGUGCUGGAUGACGUCACCACACACCUGCCAUCAGCAGCCUCCCAGAUUCCUGCUAUGGAAGAGAGCUGUGAUGCUGUGGAAGCCCGGGAAAUAAUGUGGUUUAAGACCCGUCAGGGGCAAGUAGCAAAACAGCCCUGCCCAGCAGGAACGAUAGGUGUAUCAACUUACCUAUGCCUUGCUCCUGAUGGGAUAUGGGAUCCCCAAGGACCAGAUCUCAGCAACUGCUCUUCUCCUUGGGUCAAUCAUAUAACACAGAAGUUAAAGUCUGGAGAGACAGCUGCCAAUAUUGCUAGAGAGCUGGCAGAACAGACCAGAAAUCAUUUGAACGCUGGGGACAUCACCUAUUCAGUCCGUGCCAUGGACCAGCUGGUUGGUCUCCUGGAUGUGCAGCUCCGGAAUUUGACCCCGGGCGGGAAAGACAGUGCAGCGCGCAGCUUGAACAAGCUUCAGAAAAGAGAGCGCUCUUGCAGAGCCUAUGUCCAGGCGAUGGUCGAGACAGUUAACAACCUCCUUCAGCCGCAAGCUUUGAAUGCCUGGAGAGACCUGACAACAAGCGACCAACUCCGUGCAGCCACCAUGUUGCUCGACACGGUGGAGGAGAGUGCUUUCGUGUUAGCCGAUAACCUUUUGAAGACCGACAUUGUCAGGGAAAAUACAGACAAUAUUCAACUAGAAGUUGCACGGCUGAGCACAGAAGGGAACCUAGAGGACCUGAAAUUCCCUGAAAACAUGGGCCACGGAAGUACCGUCCAGCUCUCAGCAAACACUUUAAAGCAAAAUGGCCGGAACGGGGAGAUUAGAGUAGCCUUUGUCCUGUAUAACAACCUGGGCCCUUAUUUGUCUACGGAGAAUGCCAGUAUGAAGUUGGGCACAGAAGCUAUGUCCACAAAUCAUUCUGUUAUCGUCAAUUCCCCUGUUAUUACAGCAGCAAUAAAUAAGGAGUUCAGUAAUAAAGUUUAUUUGGCCGAUCCUGUGGUAUUUACUGUUAAACAUAUCAAGCAGUCAGAGGAAAAUUUCAACCCUAACUGUUCAUUUUGGAGCUAUUCCAAGCGCACAAUGACAGGUUAUUGGUCAACACAAGGCUGUCGACUCCUGACUACAAACAAGACACAUACUACAUGCUCCUGUAACCACCUCACUAACUUUGCAGUAUUGAUGGCACAUGUGGAAGUUAAGCACAGUGAUGCGGUCCAUGAUCUUCUUCUGGAUGUGAUCACGUGGGUUGGCAUCUUGCUGUCCCUUGUUUGUCUCCUGAUUUGCAUCUUCACAUUCUGCUUCUUCCGUGGGCUCCAGAGUGACCGUAACACCAUUCACAAGAACCUCUGCAUCAGCUUGUUUGUGGCAGAACUGCUCUUCCUGAUUGGAAUCAAUAGAACCGACCAACCAAUUGCCUGUGCAGUGUUUGCUGCCCUUUUACACUUCUUCUUCUUGGCGGCCUUCACCUGGAUGUUUCUGGAAGGGGUGCAGCUGUAUAUCAUGCUGGUGGAGGUUUUCGAGAGCGAACAUUCCCGUCGGAAGUACUUUUAUCUGGUGGGCUAUGGGAUGCCUGCGCUCAUCGUGGCCGUGUCGGCGGCAGUCGACUACAGGAGCUAUGGGACAGACAAAGUAUGCUGGCUGCGACUUGACACCUACUUCAUUUGGAGUUUUAUAGGACCAGCGACCUUGAUAAUUAUGCUGAAUGUGAUCUUCCUUGGGAUUGCUUUAUACAAAAUGUUCCACCAUACUGCCAUACUGAAACCGGAAUCAGGCUGUCUUGAUAAUAUCAACUAUGAGGAUAACAGACCCUUCAUCAAGUCAUGGGUUAUAGGUGCAAUAGCUCUCCUCUGCCUGUUAGGAUUGACCUGGGCCUUUGGACUCAUGUAUAUUAAUGAAAGCACAGUCAUCAUGGCGUAUCUCUUCACCAUUUUCAAUUCUCUACAGGGAAUGUUUAUAUUCAUUUUCCACUGUGUCCUACAGAAGAAGGUACGGAAAGAAUAUGGGAAAUGCUUGCGCACGCAUUGCUGUAGUGGGAAAAGCACGGAGAGUUCGAUUGGCUCAGGGAAAACAUCUGGUUCUCGAACUCCAGGACGGUACUCCACAGGCUCACAGAGCCGAAUUCGGAGAAUGUGGAAUGAUACUGUCCGAAAGCAGUCGGAGUCAUCCUUCAUCACUGGAGACAUAAACAGCUCUGCGUCACUCAACAGAGGAGCCAUGGCUAAUCAUCUUAUAAGCAAUGCUCUGCUUCGUCCGCAUGGUACUAACAAUCCCUAUAAUACAUUGCUUGGGGAACCGGCGGUCUGUAACAACCCUUCUAUCAGCAUGUACAACGCACAAGAGCCCUACAGAGAGACAAAGGGGCUUCUGAACAAUGCCAGGGAUACAAGUGUCAUGGAUACUCUACCACUGAAUGGUAACCAUGGCAACAGUUACAGCAUUGCUGGCGGUGAAUACCUGAGCAACUGUGUGCAAAUUAUAGACCGUGGCUAUAACCACAACGAGACCGCCCUAGAGAAAAAGAUCCUAAAGGAACUCACUUCCAACUAUAUCCCUUCGUACCUGAACAACCACGAGCGCUCCAGUGAACAGAACCGGAAUAUGAUGAACAAACUGGUAAACAACUUAGGCAGUGGGAGUGAAGAUGACGCCAUCGUCCUGGACGACGCAGCGUCCUUUAACCAUGAGGAGAGUCUGGGCCUGGAACUCAUUCAUGAGGAAUCUGAUGCUCCCUUGCUGCCCCCGAGGGUUUACUCCACUGAGAACCACCAGCCACACCAUUACAGCAGGAGACGGCUCCCCCAGGACCACAGCGAGAGCUUCUUCCCUCUGCUAACUGACGAGCACACAGAAGAUCUGCAGUCACCGCACAGGGACUCUCUGUACACCAGCAUGCCGGCCCUGGCCGGCGUGCCCGCUGCAGACAGCGUGACCACCAGCACCCAGACCGAAGCCGCAGCGGCCAAGGGUGGUGACGCCGAAGAUGUUUACUACAAAAGCAUGCCAAACCUGGGCUCCAGAAACCACGUGCACCCGCUGCACGCCUACUACCAGCUGGGGCGCGGCAGCAGCGAUGGAUUCAUAGUUCCUCCCAACAAAGAUGGGGCCUCUCCGGAGGGAACUUCCAAAGGACCCGCGCACUUGGUCACUAGUCUAUAGAAGAUGACACGGAGAUGGCAGCCAGCAGGACUGCGAACACCCAGUGGACCAUUCUGAGUUGACCUAAGCAGUGGUCAUCCUGUGUACUCCGACACCUGAUGCUGUUCUCGAAAGAGAGACUCUUUGACAUUUUUUUUUUAACUUGAAUUUUUAGUCGGCCCAGGGGAGAGAGCUCACUGCUGAGACCCUCCUGUGCCCCGUUCUUCCCCAUCCUUUCCCCUCAGAUGGAGACUUCAUUAUGUUAAUGAACGAGAUAUGAAGAAAAUGGCGCUCAUUGUGGCCUUGUUGAAUUAUGUUGUGUUUGUUUUAACAUCUCCUCCGAUGCUCUGUUACUAGAAUCACAAGGACCUGUUGUUUUGUUUUGUUUUGUUUUGUUUUAAAAAAAGGCCAGAACAAUGGUUUGAAAUUAGUAACAAUGCUGCAUCUAGAUUGGAGUGCUGGCCGGCCGUAGAAGCAGAGAAGAACUAUAUUACCUAGCGGUUCAUGGUCACUCACAACCUGAGUUCACCACAGCAGGAACAGCUGUGGGAAACAAAAACAAAACAACACAAUGAAUAAUCUGACGGAGGGGAAUUCUAGAAUUAUAUGCUAAGUGCAUAUUUUAUGAUUUGCUGUAUUAACUGAUGAUAAAACUAAUGGCAGAAACAAAUGGAACAAUUUCUAUGUAAUGUACAGAUACUAGCAUUGCACAUCUAGUCUGCUUUCUGUUCCUCCAGAAUUUGAGUCCUGUUAAUGUAGUGGCAAAGAAGAAAUUUUCUUUUGUGCUAGUCUUGCAAGUUUGUCUACCAGUAAAAGAGCCAAGUUUCCUUCCUUUCUUGUUUUCUUCUUCUUUUUUUUUCUUUUGUCCCCUCCCCCCACCUCUUUUUUUCUUUAAAAAUUCACCUGGCAAAAAAUAAUAAUAAUAAAGAAAUGAAGCUAUCACUUUAUAAGAAUCAUUUUCUAGUAAUGCAAACAAAUUAUUUUUUACAAAAAAUAAAAUAAAAUAAAUAAAAUUAGACAUCCUUCCCUCACUAUAUAUCUUUAUCCAGCCCGAAUAUUUCCAGAACCUUUUUUUUUUUUUCGAAAAUUAGAGCAGGACAAAUUUUUAUGUUUCCCGGGCACAUCUGUUGUAAUGCAAAGCAUAUUUGGCAAGCAGUUCAUCACCAAGGCAGUAGCUAUGAUUCUAGAAGCUAAGAGGUGUCUGUAGAGCUAGAGGGGCUUCUGCAUGUGAAAAGCUGUAUUCCAUAGGCCUUCCAGUGCUGAAUGCGCAGUGUGACCCCCUGAGGGCGCCUGCACUACCAAUUGUUAGAGGAAUUUCCCUCCCUCCUAAUGAGAGUGGAAAGGUCAAAUUAUUUUGAAAUGAUUUUUUUAAAGUCUUCUGUUAACAGGAAAAUUUAUUUAUUUGACAGGAUUUUAAGUAAUGUAGGAAUACAAAUGGUAAAUUAGCAGCACAUAUAAUUUUUUUUUAAAUUUAUGAUCCAUUUUGUAUGGUCUCAAGUUGGAUGACCUCAUUACUAAUAUUUGUUGUAAAAGUGAAACUUGUUUGCCAACCAAUAAACAACUGAUUGAGAUUUAGAAGAGAUUGUUUUGACGUAUGUACUAUAUUAUCAAGUAUUCUCUUCAUUUUUCUUGCCUUUCCUUUCUUCCUUUAUCAGAAUAUAAGCUUCCCUUAUCCUUUGUGAUCCAAGUGAGCCACGCCAAAGGAAUUAAUCUAAGUUCAAUAUACAAACACAGCAUGGUGCAGGUUUUGCAGACAAAGUCAACCAAGGAAAUGGAAUGAGCUGAAGAGUAACACACACUCAAGCAGUUAACAAAGACCACUGUGUGCUUACUUGUAAAGUGUCACUAGGCUUGUGUCUAGAGACACAUUCUUUCCAUGGUUUAAAUAUCACAUUUGACAGAGUCUUCUUCCCCUCCCCCCCACCUUUUUGUAAGCUCCAUUUUGAUGGAGAAAUUUGCAAAUAUGAACUUACUCAAUUGGCUAAGAGAUGCAAUAGAAAUAGCACAGUGCAUAUUCAUCGAAGAGGAAGGGGAUAAGACCUUUAAAAAUGAACACACAGCAUUAUGUUUCUUCAUGGCAAUCUCAAAGAUACUUCAUUGUGUCGAUUUUCCUCCUCCAUCCCUCUGAAUCCCAUUUGUGGUCUUCUGUCUCAUAGCCCUUUGUACCUGCAUGCCUCAUCUGUCUGACAGGUUUUACAAUAUUUUUUUUCUUUUUUUCAGCUUAUGGGAAAAAAAUAAGGACACAACUAAUUCCUUCAAAAGAACUUCUAAAUCUUGCACUUCUGCUACCUGCAGCUUCUGAGCAAGGAGCCCCACUUAGAAUAAAACUCAAAUGAACUUGCCCAACUAUAUUUUCUGUAGUACAUCCUGCGGCUUACUUUAUUCAAGUCUACACACUAACAUCUAGAAACAAUAGAUCAAGAUGGGAAGCGUUGAGAGUGGGAUUAGCCAGUUACCCAUACAAACUUUAAAUCCUGUGACAGAAGAAAGCUGUGUUGGAUCAAAGCAGGCGUUAUUCUGAGAGCCACUUCAGAAUCCAUGGAUCAUUCCAUCUUAGUCAGCUGAAGUGAAUAUUUUCUUUAAGUCCAUGGACACUUUAGUUAGAAGGAGAAACAGUAGCAUUAGAAGUAAUUACUUUCCCCUGAGGCUAUAAUGGUAAUGAUAGCACCCAAAAGUUGUUUAAUUCAUGUAAUGUUUUUUAUAUAUACAUAAGUAUAUAUGUGCCAUAUAUGUAUUUGGUAAUCUAACAAAUCUCUUUGUGGGCCUAUCUAAGGCAGCCUUGGAAAUAUUCAUUUUCUUCUGUGAACUUCAGGUGUUUGUGCUUGAUUUGAAAACUCUAAGUGAAAACAGUAUCAGAGAAAACCUGGUUUCACGAAACAAUGGGAAAACUACUUCAGUUCAGCUUGCUCGGUACUCUGAUAUUGCUACCUUCCUAUAUGAAACUUUUUGUUUCAUUACACAGAAUUUGAGACAGGUAGCCUUCCCCAUUUCUACAGCAACAGCUUCACAGAAGAUCACUUGGAUACAUAAACCAGUGUAGAAGGCCUUUGCAUAUUAUUGGUUAACUUUGCUCUUGCAUCAAGAUGAAAGGGUCAUUGUAGACCUCUCAUUACAUAUUGACUGCUGUGCUUCAGAAUAAUAAAAAUCCCCAAGUUUUCAGAUGAAGGGAGUUUCUAUUCCCUAUUUGAUUCUAAUUAAACAAAAGAAAAAGUGGGUAACGAAUUUGACUUUUCAUCAUUUCAGUAGAAAUGUGUAUAUUCAUUUAGUCUUGUUUAUACGAGCUAAAGUCCUGAAACUGCCUCAUUCUCCCACCCACCAUUUCACGUAAUGCCACUGACCUGUUAACACUAUUGUUUCCUCGUUCUGAAACCUGUUCUAGAUUUUCAGCACCCUAUGGCAUUUGUGAUAUGCUUUUUUGCCUGUCUUCCAUGAAGUAGAUUUCUAUCAAAUAGACUCAGUCUACAUACACAGAACAAUACUUAGCCAAUUGAAAGAGAAAGUCAUGUAAAUGAAAUAAACCAAUUAUUACUUCCUAGUAAAUAAUAUUUUUGUAAUAUUUUACACUUGAAGUUUUCUCCUUGUUGUAGUCUUAAGUAACAUGAUACUUUGUCAGGGCAGUAGCUAAUGGACCUCAGGUUUAAUUGAUUCUUGUAUUGCUGGCUUGUUGCACAGCCUAUAUUGCUAAUUGAUGACAUUUAUAGUUAGAGAUUCAGAGAAGAAAAUUGGUUGGAAUUCACUUAAAUUUUGUGGACAUUCCUCUUUGUAUAAUAUAGUAAAUUUGAACACAUGGGAAAUAAAUGUCCAAGUCUUAUGCUAGAAUAGUUUUAAUGUAUCAAAAGAAUUGGCAUAAGAACAAUUAAUUAUAUUGAGAUAAAAAGCCAGGGAAUUUUAUUAAACAAAGGCAGGUAAUCAAAUUAUCCAUAAUUUCCUGUAAAGAAAAAGUCCAUUGUGUCUCUAGAUUCACACAUAUUUUAUGAUAUGUACUGUUUUAAGACCACCAGCAUAAUUUUAAGAAUUGACGCAGUAAAAAAAUAUUUCAAAAUUAGAUUUUUAAUCUUCAGUAUUAACUGAAUGUGAUAGAUACCCUGACUUUAAAGGUAACAUUAAAAACUUUCAUCAGUGACUGGCUCCAGAUUUUUGGAAAGAGGAAAAAAAUAGCUCAACUAUAGAUCAACUCUGUACUGAAUUUUGCCUUCUUUAUAUUAAUGAAAAUAUUCAAAUUUUGAAGUUGUUCAUCAGUAUUGAAAUAAAAUCAUUUUCCUUGUAAUAUUUUGGGGUAAAAAACACCACCAAUAAAAUAGGUAAAUAAACAAAAACCAUUUUAACUAUAAACAGACAUCAAUUUAAACUUAAGGAGUCAAAAGUAAACAACCCAAAAUGCUAAUCUGGUUGUAAACAAAUACGUUGUCUUUAAAACAAAUGCCAAAAACUACACUGACAUUAGUGUUUUACUCUAACAUAAAUAAUUGCUAUAAAAUACUAAGAACAAGCGUCCCAGUAUCUUAUAGUCCAGAAUAUAAAGAUUUAAUUUCAGUUUUAGUAUCUCAUAACUUGUCACAUAAACAAUUACUGUGCAUUUCUAAUUAAAAUUUAGACGUCCUCACAUCAAAUUUUAGGAAGUUGAAGACACGGAAGGGAUAAAAGCGCAUGGAAAAACAGGUUCUGGAAACAUUUUUGUAUAAAUGAAUUCUAUGAAAGAAUUUUCUUGGAGUUCAUAAAAUGGGAUCAAAAGAGUAAACUUAGUAUUGUAAUCAGAAAAUCUUAAACCAUCUUAAUGUUUUUAGACAUCCAUACUUUCAUUUGUAAUCCAAAAGUGUCAAUAGUUUCAAUAGUGACCUGUGUCCUGGUUAAGCCGCAGGGCACAUGUCCACGACAACCACUUACCCUGAUGAUAUCAUGUUUGCUUUAAAAAGGAAAUCAGCCUUUUGUCUUUCACCUGUAUAUAUGUUUACACAAUAUAAUUUUUUUAUAAGUUUUCAGAGAAAGUAACUUUUUUACAAUUAUUAACUUGGUGUGUUUUAUUCCCAAUUAGCAAGGUAGUUACUAUAGUUUUGUAUAGUCUCAUUUUAAGUAAUUACCUAGUCUUUUCUCAAGAACAAAAAAGCAUGUUCAACUCUAGCAUUUUAAAAUUAUUAUUAAAAUGUCUAUUCUAAAUACUUUUUUUGUUCUUUACCUGUCUUAACAGUAUGUCAACUGUACUUUUUGUCAUUUAGUACCUUUCCUGUCCCCUAUAGAGCAUGCUUAAGGUAAGCAGGAAACUGGUUUAAUGUGAAGAUGGCAAAAAAGAGUUCAAGGACACCAACUUCUUUCAAUAAGCUAGUCUUUUUAAAACCAAAGUAUGAAUGGAAGGAAUCAGAACCAGAUUGGCAUAUUUUGUCCAACUACCCAAGACCUACAUUAGAUCUACAGAGAAAAGGCUUCUGGGGGGAAGGAAUAAAAAUCACUUAAAAUGAUAAAAAAAAAAAACCUUUUGAACCUGAUGCUACUGAUGUGUUAAGAAAAAAAAUUGUACCAUCCCAUAUUUUUAUCAUUUUAAUACCACAGAAAAUACAACACACUUUAGUGCUUUGUAGGUAUUUCUCAUAGGGUUAGAUCUUGUUGUAAAGACAUUUCAAUAUGUCAUAAAUGUUUCUAAGAUAUAAGUAUUUGCUUCAAUUCACCUUCCCUCUCUGCUCUGCUGACUACUAUACACCAACACACUUAAUGCUACUAGUGGCUUUGUGGUCUUUAAAGCUUUGUUACUGCUCUCUAGUGUACAUUGAUUGAUAUUAGAAGUGUCUACAAAAUAGCCAGCCAAUAUUCUUUGUACAAAAAUAACGUGUUCUAUAUAUUAAUAUUGUUGACUUUGCAAAUUACUAUCAUGCUGAAAGUAUUACACUCAAGUCCUAUCUUCAAUUACUGCAGUCAGUUCACUCAAUCUGCAGAGUUGCACAUGGGUUGGCCUAGUAAAAUCCCUGGUAAUGCAAAGCAUCUGAAGGGAUUCCCAGUGCUUCCUUCAUCCUAGAAUGUUGAAGGGAAGAUCUUGAAGGAAGAAGUUCACUCGGCUUCUGGAGAUCUGAGUUAGACAUUGUUCUUUAGACCGAAUAGUUCUACAUUGGAAUGCUACAACUUUUGCUCAAAAGAGGAGGUUGCCCAGAAUUUACUUAACCCAGAAUCAGAGUAUUUACACUAAAAGGAUUUAGAUAUGUUUUACUGGCCAUACACUGCCAAAGUUCAUGCCGCAUUAAGCAGAAAAUAGCU